AUGUCGCACGUUCCAAGUGACGCUUCAGAUUCCGGUUCUGCAAGUGCUACAGGGAGAACUACAGCUGACUCAGCAAAGAUAUCUGACUUGAAUCAAAAUGUGUGGACCCUUCACAGACAAGACAUCGUGUCAGUUCCACGGAGGAACAAUGUGACUCCAGUCACUAUAUACAGUAUUCCUUGCAAGUAUUCAUUGCCUUCUAAGCAAAACUCCAGGUUUCCAAUUUAUUUGGGAAUAAAGAAUCCAGAAAAAUGUCUGUGUUGUGAGAAGAUUAAAGGGAAGCCUACACUGCAACUGAAGGACAAGAAGAUCUUAGACCUGUACAAUGCGCCUGCACCUGUGUUGAACUUCCUUUUCUACAGAAACCAGACUGGCAGUACCUCCACCUUUGAGUCAGUGGUCUUUCCUGGCUGGUUCAUUGCCUCCUCUGAUAAAGGCCAGCCCCUUUUCCUCACUUCAAACCCAGCGGGAGCAGAAAAUACUGCCUUUAUCUAUAAUGCUUCUCAAUAA